UUAUACGUUGUCAAAAACAAUCACGUGUCUGUAAUUAAUUCUACUAGAAUUAAUUAAUAUAUUAACAUUUAAACACGAUUAACCUUCCAACCUAUUCAAGAUAUAUUACCAAUUUUAUUCUUAGAUAUAAGUGUAAAGAAAUAAUAACCAUUAUGAGCAGCUUACAUCUUGGACCUGAUUCUCAAAAACCACCAGAAGUAAAAGGGCAAGUUCGUUUAUAUGGUAUGAAAUUUUGUCCUUUUACACAUCGAAUUCAAUUAAUACUUUCGUAUAAAAAUAUUCCACAUGAUAUCGUUAAUAUUAAUAUAAGGAAUAAACCAAAAUGGUAUUUGGAGAUUCAUCCAGAAGGUAAAGUUCCAGCACUUGUUGAUGCUGAUGGUAAAGUAAUUGUUGAUUCAAUAGUUAUAGCCAAUUAUUUAAAUGAAAAAUAUCCUGAACCACCUUUAUAUAAUAAAGAAACAAAAGCUCGUGAUUUAGAAUUGUUAGAUCAUUAUUCCAAGCUUUCCAGUAUCUUCUCAAACUGUGUUCAUGGUAAUGAUAACAGGCCAAUCAAUGAAAUUAUUGCUGAAAUUUCAUCUAUUUUAGUAAUAUUUGAAGAAGAACUUAAAAUUCGUGGGACAGUUUAUUUUGGAGGAGCACAACCUGGUAUGUUAGAUAUAUUGAUGUGGCCAUGGGUUGAACGACGAAAAUCCCUAUCUUUAAUUUAUGAAGAACCAAUAAAUUUUCAUGAUGGAAAUUUCUCACAUUUAAUGAAAUGGAUGCAAGAAAUGAAAGCACAAUCAUUUGUACAGAAAAAUGAAUGUUCGUAUGAAAAGUUUGCUCAGUUAAUUAAGAAUUUAAAGACAGGAAAUGUUGACUUUGAUAAACUUUAA